AUGUCACCGAUCAAAUUUUGCGCAACUUGUCGAAAUAUGUUACGUCCAAUAAUUGAUGAUGCUAGCGAAAGACUUUUAAUGUGUUGCCCUAGUUGUUUUUAUUCAGAAGAUGCUCAACAAGAGAAUCGACAAGUUUUUUCUAAAGAAUUCUCGUGUGAAUCAAAGUAA